UUGAGUUCUUUUUUUCUUACGCGAUUGAACGGGGAAAUAGACAAGAAACAAAAUUUCUGAUCGGGACAAUUUUUCCAUACGUGUGGCAACCAAUUCGCAGUGGAUCUAAUCGCCGUGCGUGAAAUCCGGAAAAUUAGUUGCUACAAUUACUGGGCAUCCGUACAUCGGUUUUCCAAUCCAACUACGGGUUUGCCAAAUUAUUACCAACUCCUUCCCGGACGGUGCCCCUUUGCAGCAGAUAUCGCCAAGGUUCGCUUUGCUACAACACUGUAAAAUGGUGUCGACUCGUCAGAUGACUGGUGCUACGUCCGAAGAAGCAAAUCUAAACGUUUGCCGUGCCGUACCAACUUCAUCAUCUACGUCUUCUUACACAUCCUCGAACGUUGUAUCCAUUUCUUCAUCUAUCACCACUAGAACAGCGACUGGGUUACAUCCUGCAUCAUCGCCCGGUGGAUCGUUACCAGGGUUAUCUGGAAAUGUUUCAAGUAAUUUUGUAUUAAGAGCGGAUGACAUCUCCUUGGUGAUGAGUGAUCAGCAGGAACAUCAGCAUCAAGAAAUAAACCUUAUGGAUCUGCCAACUGAGCUAUUGGGCCACAUAUUUUCCUAUGUAGGCUAUAAAAAAAUUGCCCAUAUGAGGGUGAUAUCUCGUCAAAUGAAUAAAGUGUGCUCUUCUAUACUAAACUCAACUUUUCAAAAACUACAAAAUCAGAUGCACUCAAGGUUUCAAACUGUAAAAGCUAAAAUGCCCCGCAGAGAAUCUGCCCGACGGAAUCAUCCUUUAGCUUGUGAAUGUGAUAUCCUAGAGACGUGUUACAUGCGCCUAUCAUUAUUACAGAUGACAUUUGGCAAACAUAUCGAAAGGAAACACUGCUGUUUUUUUCCGGGAGGGAUCCUGGAUGAGGUAUAUUCAGUGUUAAACUAUAUUCGCACGUCACCGUCCUUGGAUCGACCCUUCAAAGUGACCGACGAGUUAUUUGAUCUGUCUACAAUGGCUAUGGAAUAUUUCAAGGAACAUAUAGAACCUAAUUUACCUGAUAUUGCGUAUUUUACUAACAGUACAAAGUCAUUUGCGGCCCUGGAAACAUCAUCGUCUAUCCUUUCCCGCGAUACAUCACAUUCUUCUUCUUCGUCUCCCCCUCAAAGCAAUAUGGUGCUGCGUAAGGGCAUACGUAAAAUAAAGCAAGGCAUGAAACGGUACAAUAAUCAGCUAACUGUUUUACGUAGUGAAUUGCGAACAUUUAAACGGAAGGCGACCGAACAGGCCAAAACAAUAACGGAACAACAAAAGCUUCUGGCAGAACAACAAAAACAGACACUUGAAUUUGCUAAUCGCCUUGAUGAAACGGAUAAAAAGAAUGAUGAACUAUCUAGAAAAUUUUCUACUGUUCUACAGGAAUUGAAUAAAUGUAAAACAGAACUACAAUAUUGGCGUUCUAAAAGUCCAGCAACAACGAUCUGCAGUCCAUACGGUCAAAUUGUGUCUUCGUAUGAUCUGGGACAGAAUCUGGGAAAUCAAAGUACGGUACCGUAUGACAUUGAAUUGGGAUCCAUGGGAAUUACUCGUAACGCAAAUACAGAGGAAACCAGGAAGAAGGACGAAUCCGGACACAACAAGGAAAAAGUAGAACACAAUUUACAAUUGGUUAAAUUAGCCGGCGAUUCCCCGGUGUUAAUAGAAUCUGCCGAUUCUGUUCCUGCAAUCUUGACAAAGCCAGUGCUGAAGAGAAAAUUAGAAUGCGUAACUGUGGGGACAGACAACAGCAAUAGUGAUGGUGCUUGCGGCAAUGAACCAGUCCAACUAGACGGACUAGCUUGUCUUAAUCCUCCGUUUGCAUCCGCAUCACUCACAGCGUCAUAUUCAUCAUCAUCGUUGCCAUCAGCAAUGCAUGCAUUGGUAACGCCAUCUCAAUCAACUGAUGGAAAUUUGCUUAUAUCUACUACAAACCAACUAAAGGACACAAGCGGAAUUAGUACUGCUGAAAAGUCCGGCAAUAUGGGAUUAGAGUAUAGUAGUGCAGAGGGACCGGAUCAGAUGAGUGAAAUGCAAAGUUGUUCUAGCACAAACCAUGACGUUGGUUCUAAUGGAACAAGCUUAUCCCUAGCCUCUGAAAAUCCGUUUUUUAGUAACACAAAAGCCAUUCACCAAUCUAAUAAUAAUGAAACAUUGAUUCAGAAUAGUGAUAGCAAAAACAAUAGCAGUAGCUUUAGUAGUAACGUUGAUAGCAAAAAUGAUAGCUCUAGUAACGAUAGUAACACAAAUUAUCAUAUGAAAAAAAUACGAAGAGUACAAAACAAAGCUAGAUCACAAAGUUAUAAUAAACAUACCAAUCAUAGCGCUACAAUAAACACGCAUACUAAAACAACUAGAAGCAAACAGUUGGACAAACAAACCGGAAAUUAGUGAUGAUGUGUAGUUUUGUAAUGUGAGAUAGGAGAACAAUUUUUCAACUAGCCUCCUAUCGUAAUAUAUUGUAGAAUUGUCACUACACUCAAUUAGCUUAUUGAAGUGAGUAACUUUUGAUGUUUUCGAGAGUUAUGUAAAGACAACACAAUUAUAAACAAUAGGGUAUGAUAAUAGAUUCACCGCAACAAUUAGUUUUUUUUCUUUUCCCAUCAAUUCAAACGAGGCUUACUGAAUCAUACGAGAAUUUGGGGACAGUUAUUAUAUAUUGGAAGUAUUUCUUCAUUGGCUUGUUUUAUGGCAUGAUAGUUCAUGUUUUAAAAUUUUAAAUGAAAGUGGUAUUUCUUCAAGGAGAUGUUUGAUUUGGAAGAUGGAACAUCAAAUCAUAAAACCAGAAACCAGGAAGUUGUAGUUUUGUACUUCAAAUUAUAGCAUCAACACAUCUAUUUUUUGUUGUUGGCUGUGCAAGUCCCAGCUUCAAGUUAGCAUAAUUUCCAAUACGUAAGCAUAAUUUUGAAAUCGCUCUGUUCCAUGGAUUUUUAUUUGGUUUGAAAAUGGGUGUAAUUGUUA